UCCAGUGCGACUUCAUUCCCGUCAGGAACCGUGGUUUCAGUUUCCGGAUGGGGAGUUAUUGAUUCAAACGCAGGAGCAUUAUCCACCGACACUUUGCAUUAUGGUACCAUGGAAGUGACCAAUGUUGCCUAUUGUGGAAUGACUGUGGAGAAAACAACCAGACGACUUUGCUUGACGCCAUCCCGUACCACAACCAAGCAAUCUGCGUGCUUUGGAGAUUUAGGUGGACCUGUGGUAUACAAUAACCAACUAAUAGCGAUCAUGACUUACAUACCGGGAACCAUAUCCUGUCAAGCCACAGAUUAUACAAUUGGAGUUCUCAUCGGCCCACAAUCGGAUUGGAUCAAGAAGUUUACGUGAAGACAUUCUCUCAAUUGAAAAUCCCGAAUACCUCCCUGGAAAAUGAAUCACGACUUACUGCACCCUUUGUAAAUGAGACUUGAUGAAACACUGAAAUGUUUUCAGAACGGAUUCAUGAUUCUUCCACCGAUGCCGCAAGUGUGAUAACAGAUAACCACUCCCAAAUUGAUACUCAUUUCCCAAAAAAUUGAAAUCGCGGUGUCAAAAAAAAAAAGACGGGAAACUGGAUUUUUACUACUGUAUUCGCUAUCGCAAUGUUAAAGAAAAUCAUUCACUCACGCGGGUUAAAAAAAAAAAAAAGAGACGAGAAACUGGAUUUUUACU